AUGGCUGAUUCCGCGACGAUUGCCAGAGCAUAUGAAUAUGCGAUUGGUCAACCGCCAUUGGCAUCCCCUCAGGUUUCUCCAUUAGAGCAGUUUCGGCGGAUUGUGGCAAAUGUGAAUGAACGUUGCCAUUCAUCGAACCAUCCAGAAGCCUGGACUGCGCAAACGAUUCUUGCAAGGAUGCGCGAGGCGAUUGCCGUAUUCUAUGCACACUUGGCAUCCACUCUGUCAUCGCUCGAAUUACGUCAGUGGAAAGCAUCGUUGAUUGAGUGUACUCAGGUCAUUGACCACUAUGUCACGGAGACUUUGCUAGAUGGGAUUGCCCAUCUCAAUUGCCCUGCUGUAAUGGAAAUGGCUGAACUUCUACAUGAUGCAUUGAUUGCAUAUUCGCGUCAGGACACGAGAUCUACAGGUCGCAUUGCAAGUCUUGAAUUGCAACUCGGUUGGACCAUUGGCAACCGAUUCGCAAAGACAUUGAUUCCCGACGGCUACUCUGUUCAUUGUGGAUACGCCAAUUGCAUUUGGUUGAAUUUGAUAUCAGUUUGCAACCAUUGCAUUGCUACUAUGGCACCUACGGAAAUUGCAGGUGGCAUUCCUGCAUUUUCAUUGAACUUGUCAUUCCUUCUGGUUGACAAAACAGCUGAGUGCUAUUGUGCAUUGAAGGCCUUAUUCACUCGUGCAAUUGCUGUUACUGCAUUCAAUUGUCGAGUCUACAAUCCUGUAGACGGACUUGCAGAUUGGUUCGUCUGCAUUGCUCUUCCAGCAUCCAUUGCGGACUCGCUCAUGAAUCAUAGACCAACGGAGAUCACGACCCCAUUGGGUCAACUUACCGCGCAUUUUAAUGCCGAUGCUGCAUUGCGAAGACUCAGACAUUGGUUUCGACAGGGCAAAUUCACGGCCAUACAAAACCGUGAAUUGGUCAAGCUGAUCGUAUUUCGACCAUCGCUUGCCAUGAUUGAUACACGUCUCAAAUGCUCAGAAGGAACAGGAGGGUUUCUUCGUUACCAUAAUUGCUCUUUCAUGUGCAAUUCAUGGUCGUUGGCCAUUGACAGUCAACAUGAUCCGAUUGCGGGCAAGUAUACCUAUGCAUUGGAUGGAUUGGUUCGACAGUAUGGUAUUGUCCUCACACUUCCUACAAUGACUGUCGAGUCAUUGUCAUCUUUGAUUCAGACUGCAGAUUGUGACGAAGUUGCGGAUGAAGACAUUGCCUUAGGUGGCACUGUUUCAGGUACACCAUCAUUGUUAUCCUCGAUGACCAGUCAGGAAUACGACAUUGUGGUCACGGCAGCGGCUGCCAUUGCAAAGAAACGCAAAAGGCAGUUGAAGCUUGAAGAUUGA